AGCGCUUGUACCGCCGCAUUGUCGGAGAAAAUCAACAGAACCCGAGCAGCUCUAGCAUCUCUCCCUUUCCUCCACGAUGAUAAACACCCCUGGUUUCAUGAAAUGAGAGGUCUAACCGGCGGCCUUCGGUCGCGGAUGGCGAUGGACCCGUCAUGGAGUAACCAACUAGUUGGAUACCCUAGAGAACCGAGUCGGAGUCUCGGAGAUGGGACAGGAGGAAGCUCUCCUAUAGUGGUGGCGAAUCUGGUGAAAGCUCGAUUGCAAGAAUUGGUCUGCAGCGAGACACGAUCCGGAGCUAGAGUAACAAGACGGGGCGAAAUUCAUUCCAAGUCUUGGAAGCAGAACCUGUGGCGUUUCCAGUCAGCUUAUACGAACGGAACAUGCCAUACGGUAGCUACUCUGGUUAUGGGGCAAGCACACAUGCACAGCUGGAUGACAGAGAGCACAUAUCUAAGUACCAUUACCAUUCGAAAGAAAGAUUGGACAGACCCCACGUCGUCCGAUGACUGCGUUAUGAUACCGGUAUACAUACGAGGAAAAAGGACCUUAAGGGAAUGUCAAUUUGGUGGGAGGUUUAUGCACGAGCGACAGCAUCACCCCCCCGCGUCAUUAAAAAUUAAAUGGAGGACCCACCGACAGCAGAUCAUGGGACGGGUGGAAAGAAGUCCGCUACGAUUUUUCCUUGAUUUCAUGCAACUACGACUGCCAGCUGGAAGCAGGAAGGAAAGAGGGAUGCAGGAAGGAAACUUGAGGGAUGCAGGAAAGAAGGGAUGCAUGAAGAAAAGAGGGAUGUAGGAAGGAAAGAGGGAUGGGGGAGGAGAAGGAAUGUGCCGCUGGAUGGUGGGGGCGCUGGACGCCAAUGCAUAGCGUCCUGCGCAUGAUCCUGACUCUCGAGCUCUCCGCCCUAUUUUUCACCAACGCCUCGCCCAACAUCCACAACGCAUUCUCAGCCAACUGCA